AUGUCAAUCUUUAAAUCAAUAGUUUCAAUGUCAGGUAGCUCUAAAUCCAUUUCCAACUCUACAUCUGUUUUUAAUGGUGAUAGCUCAAAUACCAUUAAUCAAACAUCCAAUUCGUCAACACAAUUCGAUUUUGCUAGAUUUAAUCCAUCUCUCCCAGGAGCUCCAAUUAUUGUAGAUUAUUGGGGAAAUAUUAUUUGUCGUUAUAAGAAAAAAUUUUAA